UAUAUUCUUUGGUCGAUGACUGAAGUGAAUUCGAACACGGUCUUCGUUUAGGUUAGAAGUUACUGUUUUGAUAAAUUUUUCUUUCGAGACAAUAAGAAAAAUGACUUCGUGUUUACGAGAUAUCCAGUUUCCGUCGUGUGUGUGGUUUGAAGGUAGCGAAAAAAGAAAUGCCGUAGUCUCUAUGCUUGCAGGAGCUCUGUUUUUUAUGGGAUGGUGGUUCAUAAUUGAUGCACAUGCUAAAUACCCUAGCGAGAUGUCGAGUGCAUAUCAUGUAUGUGGAGUUUUUGGGACUAUUUCGUUGUUUAUGGUGAAUUCGGUAACGAAUGCUCAAAUCAGAGGGGAUGCAUACAAUGGUGGAUGUUUAGGGCCAAGAGGUGCCCGGGGUUGGCUGUUUGUUGGUUUUGUAAUGGGAUUUGCUGCCAUAAUCGCUGCUUGUUGGAUUUUAUUUGCUAACUUUGUUACGACAGACGUUCCACAUCAUUGGCCUGGGGUUGGUCUCUUUCUGCAAAAUGUAUUUAUAUUCUUAGGAUCAUUGACAUUUAAAUUUGGUCGAUCAGAAGAUAUUUGGGGCUAAUAAUUAUACCCACUACUUACUCAUCGCAUUCACUGAAAAAGUGGAGUGUGAUAAUUGAUCUAUGAUUAUAAAGUAUUAGGUGUCUGUUUAUAAUUUUAGUAUCACUUCAAUUUUAUCUGUAUAAAGUAAAUUUGUAAAAAAAAGUGUAAUCAUAAUUCAAUCUUAUUUAAAUAUAAUAAAUCAUUUACAACUUACAAAAA